AUGAAGGAAGAGACCGCGAAGCGCAAGGCUGAGGAGGAGCCGUCCUCGCCGACCGCGACAAAACGGGUCAAGCACAAUGAAUCGGCCGAGCCAGAGAAGAAACCUGCGAUGAAGCCUAUCCCCUUCCCCGAAAAGCCCGCCGUCAUCGAAGAGCGCACCGGCGAGAUCGAGUUCCGAGUGGUCAACAACGACAACGAGCGCGAAUCCCUCAUCAUUCUUACCGGCCUCAAAUGCAUCUUCCAGAAACAGCUUCCUAAGAUGCCGAAGGACUACAUCGCGCGUCUCGUCUACGACCGGACCCACUUAUCGAUAGCAAUCGUCAAAAAGCCCCUCGAAGUCGUUGGCGGUAUUACGUACCGCCCCUUCAAGGGCCGUCAAUUUGCAGAAAUCGUAUUCUGUGCCAUCAGCUCCGACCAGCAGGUCAAGGGAUAUGGUGCGCAUCUUAUGUCCCAUCUGAAGGACUAUGUCAAGGCCACCAGUGACGUGAUGCACUUCCUCACCUACGCCGACAAUUACGCCAUCGGAUAUUUUAAGAAGCAAGGGUUCACUAAGGAGAUCACACUUGACAAGAGCGUAUGGAUGGGUUACAUAAAGGACUACGAGGGCGGAACAAUCAUGCAAUGCUCGAUGCUGCCACGGAUCCGAUAUCUUGAAAUGGGCCGCAUGCUGCUCAAACAAAAGGAGUGCGUCCAGGCCAAGAUCCGCGCGUACUCAAAAUCGCACAUCGUCCAUACCCCUCCCAGAGAGUGGAAAUCCGGCGCGAAGCCCAUUGAUCCGCUGAGCAUAGACGCCAUCCGCGCAUCGGGCUGGUCCCCGGACAUGGACGAGCUCGCGCGACAGCCCCGCCACGGGCCCAACUACAACCAGCUCCUCCACCUGCUCAACGACCUUCAGAACCACCAGUCAGCAUGGCCUUUUCUUGUGCCUGUCAACAAGGAUGAUGUUGCCGACUACUACGAGGUCAUCAAGGAACCCAUGGACCUCAGCACCAUGGAGACCAAACUCGAGGCGGACCAGUACUCCACGCCCGAGGACUUCAUCCGCGAUGCCAAGCUCGUCUUCGACAACUGCCGCAAGUACAAUAACGAGUCUACGCCGUACGCGAAGAGCGCAAACAAGCUGGAGAAGUACAUGUGGCAGCAGAUCAAGGCCAUCCCCGAGUGGUCUCACCUCGAGCCGUAG